UAAGAGAAGCAUGGGGAGUUGCUAGAGGGAAAAUGGAUUCUUUAUUUCACGUCCUGGUUUCUACCUGUCUUGCCUUGACAUUCUCAGAAGGGUUUCUGAUUAUCCAUGUCCAGAAACAGCAGUGUCUUUCAGAAAAGAGAGGAGUCAUUAUGGAAAAGUGCAAUAUGACAAACCUCAACCAGAAGUGGCAGUGGAUGGCAGAUGACAGGCUCCUGCAUGUGAAAUCUGCCCAGUGCCUGAGCAUCUCUACACGCUCUACUCUGUCCUCUCGCAGCAUCAUCGUUGAUUGUCCCCAGGCAGUUAGGUGGACUUGCCAUGAGGACGGGCUCCUGAAGGUGGCAAAUAGCUCUCUUUUUCUCACAAAGCAAGGUCAGAAAGUAAUGGCCAAGCAGAGUAAAAAAUACCUUCAUACAUGGAUGCAGCUAGAAGCCAGUGAGACGGGAAAACCUGUUUAUGUAAAUCUGUGCUCAAAGCAAGAUUUCCAAGAGGCAGACACUUCUGUAUGGAGUAGUAGAACUACAUUCCCCUCUUCGAAUGCUGUUACUUCUAGACCUGAAAAUAUGCUGAAGAGUAGCACAGAGAUGUUCCUCAGAAAUGUGACUGAACACUUCAGUAAAAAUUCCAUUGGAAAGCUCUACUUUGACUUGAAAUCUGCAGUUACAGAGAAUGCCUGGAUUCCAACAACCACUCUUCAAUACUAUAGCACUACAGAAGAGGCCGCGCCGGAGCAGGCAGGAUGCAGCGCGAACCUGACGGAGCAGCGCGUCUUCGGGCAGAGCGUCCGGCUGCGCUGGGGCACCGCGGGCAGCGCCUGCAACUUCAGCCUGAGCGGGCUCUCCGAGGACGGGGAGGCAGCCGGCUGCCUGCCCACCCCCGCGGGCAACGGGACCUACGGCUGCACCCUGCAGGGCCUCCAGGCCGGGACCUGGUACCACCUCCGCAUCGAGCCGCUCGCCGGCGGGGAGGCUCUCAACAUCUCCGUGCAGACAGAUCCCUUGCCACCAACUCGUUUGGAAAUUAAUAAGGAAAAGACUACACUCACAAGCUUGCGGGUUCAAUGGGUUCCUUCGUCAGGAAAGGUGGACUUGUAUAACCUAAUACUAUUUGAUCAUGAUAAUAAAAAGAUACAAGAAGUCUCCUUACCAGGAAGAAUUUCAAAAACAGAAAAUACUUUUUCUAAUCUCGUCCCUGGGAAUAAAUACAACAUUGUCCUCAGUGCAGUCGCUGGAAAUAGGACUACCCCGGAACUUCACAUAAGUGGAUAUACUGUGCCAUCCCCUGUGAAAAAUAUUCAAGUUAGUGUCAAGACAGACACUAUCCAUGUUUCGUGGUCUCCUGGCUCUGGGCAUGUGGAUCGUUACAGGCUGGUGUUACUAGAUAAUCAUGUCUCAGUUCAUGAGAUUCAUCAGGAAGAUCCUCUGACCUCCUACACUUUUUCAGGACUUACAGCAGGCCACCUUUAUAACCUCUCUGUCAUAACCCAGGCUGCAGGAUUGGAGAGCAGCAGUUUUCAAACAGUCAGGACAGCCCCAGCUCAAGUCUUAGAUUUGACAGUGACUAAUGAUGGCAGCUUAGAUGCUUUAAAAGUUAAGUGGGGAAGACCUUCAGGAAGCCUCGAUUUCUAUAAUAUCACUCUGUCUCAUCUUGGAUCAGUUAAAGGAGUCAAAAUUGUGCAGCCACCAAUCACUGAGACUCACUUUGACAAGCUAACUCCAGGACGUCUUUAUCAAGUUACUGCCCGCACAAUCAGUGGUAAACUGUUUACUGAUGGGAUAGCAACUGGCAGGACAUUUCCCCAGAAAGUUUCGGAGCUGCAGGCCGGCGCUAGCGGCUGGCUGAGGUCGCUGCGAGUGACCUGGCUGCCCCCUGCGGGAGACUGGGAGAGGUACCACCUGCUCCUGUGGAACCGCACAACCCUUCUGCUCAACACCACCCUCGAGAAGAACGCUACCGAGUACCUCAUCUGCGAUGUGGGCCUCAUCCCGGGCAGGGAGUACGGCGUGGAUGUUGUUGUGGAGAGCGGUGAUUUGCAGAGCAAGGCUAGUUGCACAGGGAGAACAGCUCCAGAGCCUGUUCUCCAGCUCCGUGUGAAGCAUGCUAAUGAAUCUUCACUUACUGUCAUGUGGAUGACCCCUGUUGCAGAAUGGGACAGCUAUGUGGUUUCCCUGGGAGACAGUGAUCUUGCUAUCAUAAAAAAAUUGCUUGCAAAAGAAGCUAAGGAAUUCACUUUCACUGACUUGGUACCUGGAAGAAAAUAUACAGCUACCAUCACUACCAUUAGUGGGACUUUAAGCAACUGGACUUCAGUGGAAGGAAGAACAGUGCCAGCCCAAGUGACUGAUCUGACCGUGGCAAGUCAGGGAUCAACCAACAGCUUGUUCACCAACUGGACAAGAGCACUGGGAGAUGUAGACUCAUACCAAGUGCUACUGAUUCACGAGAAUGUUGUCAUUAAAAAUGAGACUGUUCCCAGUGAAACCAACAGAUAUCACUUCUAUGCUCUGAAACCUGGAGGACUCUAUUCAGUUGUUGUCACCACUGUCAGCGGAGGGAUAUCUUCAAGGCAAACAAUUGCAGAGGGAAGGACAGUUCCUUCUAGCGUGACUGGAGUAACAGUAAAUAACUCAGGUCGCAGUGACUACCUCAGUGUGUCUUGGCUGCCAGCUUCUGGAGAUGUAGACAAUUACUUGGUAACACUCUCUCACGAUGACCAGAUUGUUCAGACUCUGACCAUUUCCAAAUCCUUCAGUGAAUGCUCCUUCAGCAGCCUUACUCCUGGAACGCUUUACAAUGUGAUGAUAACCACGAAGAGUGGGAAAUAUGAAAAUUACUCCUUCAGCCAGGAACGAACAGUCCCUUCAAGUGUUCAGGGACUUACUGUCAGCAAUUCAGCCAGAAGUGACUACUUGAAGGUGUCCUGGUUACAUGCAUCUGGAUAUUUUGAUAAUUAUGAAGUCAUCAUCAGGAACAACUACGAUUUCAUCCAAACAAAAAGUGUCCCAAAGGAUGAAAAUGAAUGUGUGUUCACUAAUCUGGUCCCAGGGAGGCAGUACAGUGUCACGGUCAGCACAAGGAGUGGGAAAUACGAAACUAGUGAAAGGGUCUAUGGCAGAACAAUGCCAGAGUCAGUGAAGGAACUGACUCUUAGUAACAGGAGCACAGAAGAUCUUCAGGUAACUUGGUCAAAGGCUGAGGGGGAUGUUGAUAAAUAUGAGAUUCAACUCCUCUUCAAUGAUAUGAAGAUCUUCCCACCCAUUUUCCUUGGGAACACCAUUGAGGAGUAUUGGUUCACAGCUCUGACUCCAGGACGUCUAUACAAAAUUCUUGUCUUGACCAUCAGUGGAGAUGCACAACGUGCUACUUUCAUAGAAGGCCUGACAAUUCCAAGCGUGGUCAGAAACAUUCACGUGUCACCUAAUGGCAUGACAAACAGCCUGAAAGUAAGCUGGACUCCUGGAGGUGGAGAUGUUGAUUCCUAUACAGUGACCAUAUUUCAGCAAAACCAUCAGCUCGAUUCCCAGAGUGUCUCCAAACAUGUUUCUGAGCACACUUUUCACAAGUUGGAAGCUGGGGAACAGUACCAGGUGGUGGUGCAGUCUAACAGUGGCACCUUGCACAACAGCUUAGCAGCUUUUGGGAGAACAAUUCCAGCCCCUGUCCAGGAAUUAUUAGCCGAUCAUGCUUACAGCAGUCAUUCCUUGUUAGUAACCUGGCAGAAAGCUCCUGGUGUAGCUGAAAGAUAUGACAUUCUGCUCUUGAAUGAACAAGGAGUCCUCCUGAGCAACAAAUCAGAGCCAGCUACUGCCAAACAGCACAGAUUUGAAGAUUUAUUAGCUGGCAAGAAGUAUAAAAUACAAGUUUUGACAGUCAGUGGUGGGCUCUUCAGUAAGCAUGCAGAAACUGUUGGCCGAACAGUUCCAGCAGCUGUUACGAAUCUGAAAGUCACAGAGAACACCACUGAUCGACUGUCCUUCAGCUGGACCACCUCGCAAGGGGAGCUUGAUUCAUAUGACAUCUUCCUGUACAACCCAGACAAAUCCCUUCAUGACAGGAUUUCAGGAGAGCAGCACCUCCAGCAGUGUUCAUUCCAGAACCUGCGUCAAGGCAGGAUGUAUCGAAUGGUGAUUGUUACCCGCAGUGGAGACCUCACUAAUGAGUCAUCUGUCUUUGGAAGAACAGUACCUGCCCCAGUUGUUGGUCUCAAGGCAUCCAACCGCAACAUGACGGACAGUCUGUGGUUCACCUGGGGUCCGGCAGCAGGAGAUGUUGACUUCUAUGAGCUGAAUCUUUACAACCCAAAUGGGACACAGAAAGAAACCUGGCAAAGGAAAGACCUGAAAGAGUGGCAUUUCCAGGGGCUCAUUCCUGGCAGAAAAUACACUUUGGUUGUGGUGACUCACAGUGGUGACCUGACCAACACAGCAAAAGCUGAAGGAAGAACAGCACCCAGCCCCCCUAACACCGUAUCGUUUACUGAUGUUGCAAACACUUCUUUAUCAGUCACUUGGCUGGGUCCUCCAGACUGGACAGACUAUGACGAUUUUGAGUUGCAGUGGCUUCCAAAGGAUCCCCUCACAGUAUUCAAUCCCUACAGCAGCAGCAAAUCUAAAGUACGCAUCAUCUAUGGCCUGCGACCAGGAAGACUCUAUGAGUUCAGCGUCAGAACUGUCAGUGGUGACAACUGGAAAACAUACAGUCAUUCACAGUCUGCAAGUGUGAGAACAAAACCAGACAAGAUACAAAGUCUUCACUGUCGGCCCCAAACCUCUACUGCCAUUGCGUGUUCCUGGACUCCUCCUGAUUCUGACUUUGAUGGGUAUAGUGUCGAAUGCAAGAAAAUGGACACUCGUGAAGUGGAAUUUUCUAAAAGGAUAGAAAAAGACAAAUCUCUACUUAAUAUCAUGACCCUGGUUCCCCACAAACGAUACCUGGUGUCCAUCAAGGUGCAUUCUGCAGACAUGACGAGUGAAGUAGUUGAAGACAGCACCAUCACAAUGAUCGAUCGUCCUCCUCAGCCACCUCCAGACAUACGAGUGAACAAAAGAGAGGUACUGAUUACCAAAUCCUCCAUCAACUUUACUUUUAACUGCAGCUGGUUUAGUGAUACUAAUGGAGCUGUGAAGUACUUUACUGUGGUUGUGAGAGAGGCUGAUGGUAGUGAAGGACCAAAGCCUGAUGAGCAGCACCCAUUACCUUCCUACCUGGAGUACAAACACAACGACUCUAUACGCAUCUACCAGACAAAUUAUUUUGCCAGUAGAUGUGCUGAAAAUCCUGACAGCGACUAUAAAAGCUUUGACAUUAAGCUUGGAGGAGAAAUGGAAAAUCUGGGAGGAAAGUGUGAUCCAGACCACCACAAAUUCUGUGACGGACCUCUAAAGCCUCGAACUGCUUAUAGGAUCAGCAUACGGGCUUUUACCCAGCUUUUCAGUGAAGACCCGCAGGAACUCCCUAAACCGCUCUUUGCGGACACCUUCUUCUCUUUACCCAUCACUACAGAGGCAGAGCCUCUGUUUGGAGUUAUUGAAGGUGUGAGUGCUGGCUUGUUUCUGAUUGUGAUGUUGGUGGCUGUUACUGCUUUAUUUGUCUGCAGACAAAAAGUUGGCAAUGGCCAUGAGAGAUCUACAGCAAGGCUGAGCAUGCGCAGAGACAGGCCACUGGCAGUCCAUCUGAACCUGGGGCAAAAAGGGAACCGGAAAACUUCCAGUCCGAUCAAAGUCAGUCACUUUGAAGCACACUUCACCAAACUUCAAGCAGACUCCAACUACCUUCUGUCCAAGGAGUAUGAGGACUUGAAAGAUGUGGGUCGAAACCAGACAUGUGACAUAGCACUUCUGCCAGAGAACAGAGGGAAAAAUCGAUACAAUAAUAUAUUGCCCUAUGAUACAUCAAGAGUGAAGCUAUCCAAUGUGGAUGAUGACCCUUGCUCAGACUACAUUAAUGCGAGCUACAUACCAGGCAAUAAUUUCCGCAGGGAAUACAUAGCAACUCAGGGCCCUUUGCCUGGCACCAAAGAUGAGUUCUGGAAGAUGGCAUGGGAGCAAAAUGUUCACAAUAUUGUCAUGGUAACCCAGUGUGUUGAGAAGGGCCGGGUAAAGUGUGAUCACUACUGGCCCCUCGAUCAGGAUUCCUUGUACUAUGGAGACCUGAUUGUUGAGAUGUUGUCUGAAUCAGUGCUCCCAGAAUGGACAAUACGAGAGUUCAAAAUCUGCAGUGAAGAGCAGCUUGACUCAACAAGGCUCAUUCGACACUUCCACUACACUGUAUGGCCAGAUCAUGGUGUGCCAGAGACCACCCAAUCCCUGAUUCAGUUUGUCAGAACUGUAAGAGAUUAUAUCAACAGGACCCCAGACACAGGACCAACUAUUGUACACUGCAGUGCUGGUGUUGGCAGGACUGGCACAUUCAUUGCACUGGACCGAAUUCUGCAACAGCUGGAUUCAAAGGACACUGUUGACAUUUAUGCAGCAGUACAUGACCUAAGGCUUCACCGUGUUCACAUGGUUCAGACAGAGUGUCAGUAUGUGUAUUUACAUCAAUGUGUGAGAGAUGUGUUAAGAGCCAGAAAACUUCGCAGCGAACAAGAAAAUCCCUUAUUUCCAAUAUAUGAAAAUGUGAAUCCAGAGUAUCACAGAGAUGCUGUUUAUUCAAGGCACUAAGAAUGUUAGAGAUAUCUGCUUUUGUGACCACACUUGAUGACUUGGGGGUUUGUUUGGGGUUUUUUGUGUUUGUAUUUCAUGCACCAGAAAGGUGCCAGACCUUUCUACUGAGACUGUGUAUAAUUUAUUGGUCUGGUGAUUUUUUAAAAAGAUAUAUAAUUUAACUAUAAUAGGUAUUAAUGUAUAUAAUUGUAUUUUGGCAUUAUGUAAAUAUGUAUUUUUUCUAUAUUGUUUAUAUUAAUAUUAUGCUUCAGAUAAUACUAUUUUUUCUUAUCACAGUUUUUAUAAACUGUUCUACAUAAACUAUUUUAAAUUCAAUGGCUAACAGGAUUGCUGCAUCUGGGGUCGUAUUAGCAUGACACGGGAAAAAUCCUUUAAGGAGAACCUCAUUUUUUUAACUAGUUCAGUGUUUGUGAGAUGAAAUAAGCUACCAUUAAGCAAGGGAACAGUAGUCCUGUAUAGGAAUUACAGUGCUACUCUACACUUCAAACUUACUGCUUUUCAUCUGACAAAAAUGGAUAUAACCCACAACACAAUGGCAUACCUUUUACAGAACUCAGUAACAACUGAGCAAAACAGGGUUCACCUCACCAGAAGCAACUGUUUCAGUCUAAUGUGACAUAGUAGAAAAAUAUUGAACAACAUACACUGCCGUGAAGUUUAGCAGACCUGUCUCCCACCACAUACUUUGAGGGGAGACAGAUCACAUUCUGGUUUCUUUACACUGGUUUAAGAGAGCAGAAUCAGACAACAAUCUGUCUGUGCAUUUUCAUGUGUGAAUAAUUCUGUAAUUAAGAAAUUAAUCAUCUAAUUAAGAAAGAUGUUCAAAAAAUGCCUCAGACAUUUGUGUUAACAAACCUGUAAGGAUGUGAAGUCUGACAACUUCCAUAACUCAUUAGAAACAAUGCUGUACCAUGAGAAAUAAAAAAGCAGAUAGAUUGCAAACAUAUUGAAACAAAGAUAUAUAUAUAUAUGCAACAAUUAGCACACCUGGCCUUACGCUGCUUGCAGCAUAGCUGCCUUGCCCCAAGUGUUGAUCACCUUCAAAUGCCAGUUGUUCUCACAAUGUUUGGCCCCAGCAUGUCUGCACAGAAAGAAUCCUCCACAUGAAUGUUGCCUAAUGCCCACCAACAGGGGCAGUGGGAAUGGAAAAAAGCUCAUCAGUAAGCCAGGGAAUGUAGGCUGGCAGGGCAGUGCUAAUCACAGAAUCAUCAAAUGGUUUGGUUUGGAAGAGACUUUAAAGACCAUCUAGUUCCAACGCCGCCUGUCCCAGGCAGGCACUCAUUACUCAAAACAUUUGCUGACUAGAAAGAAGUAGAAGAGCACUCAGCAGGUAUCCUGCCCAGCCAAGUGGAUUAUGCACAGCCUCUGUACUCUGCAGAGGCUUCUCACUCAAGGGUAUAAACACUGUCCAGUUAUUCUUUGUCCUUAUGAAGUGUUCUUCAAUCAAAUAGAGAAGAGGCAGUACAUAGUUAUUCUCCAUCACUAGAAGAAGGAAGAGCUUCAUAGUUCUUCUAUCUAUCCAUACUUUCCUGAGAGAAAACUUAGUUACUGAAGACAAUUGCCUAAAUUCUGCUUCUGCUUUGGAGAUAAGUAAAUACUUCUGAAGGCCUUCUGAGAACCAGUCAGUGAGUGGCUAAGAGCCUAACUGAGGAAUUGCUGUGGCCCUGAGCCAUGUUACUUACUGGACCUGCACACUCCAUGCUGUAGGAAUAUCUUCCUGACAGUGGCUGAAGAAAUCUACCAGACAGCUCUGACAUAGUUUUCUUAAGAAAUCAUUCCAAAGCAGAACCAGCAGGAAUAUGCACAUCCAUGUCUCUCUGGUCUUCUUAGAGAGAAGGAAACAGCCCGAUAGUCAGUCUUCCUUCCUAUUCCAUCUGGAGUCUCAUCCUUUCUUGACCAAAUAUCUUCAUAUGCCUUAGAAGCCACCCUUCAUAUCAGCUUUCACAGCUGCUCGAAACAUGGAAGCUUGGUUAAUCUUUUAGGUGUUUCUGCAUGAAAAUACUGCUCUUUCCUGGUUUACAUCCUCUUUGGCACCACACAAACCUCAAAAUCCAGCACCCUUAACUGAAACUGAAGAAGAAAGGAACUAAGCAUUAGAGUGGAAGACAUUUUCACAGAGGAAAAUCUAAGCAAAACCACAAAGAAAUGUUCAGAAUCCUUCUUUUCUCUGUUUCCUUUGCUAGACUGACUAGGUUAGCAAACAAGGACAAACAAGCAUGGCAGCUUUACAUCGAUUGUUGACCCUGCUAAAAACAGAUGGACUUAAGGCAUCAUAAAAACUGCUGUUGUGUUACAUGUGCUGCAUUUAGUCCUUUCUUUUUGCAGGUGUAGCUGAGGAGCAAAGAUCAGCAUGUUACUUACCAGCACAUGUUAAUUACACUGUGAAGACAUACCGAAUGUACCCUAUAAAUUAUCUCACACUAUAUAUCACUAUGUGAUUUUUUUUUUCUAAUGCUGAGGGAAAUGGAACUCAGUAGCAUAUGAUCUGAGAGCAAAAGUCUGAUUGCACACUCUGUAUGCAUGUUGUUCAUCAUUUUCAGAAAGACACACAUCAUUCUGCUCUUUAUUUUAUCAUUCUCAGCUCCUUGUCUGCACCUACAGAGUUCACAAAUGUGUACCCUAAACAAUAAUGUCAUAGCAGACAAUUAAUUUCAUCUUUUCUCUCGGCUAAUAAUGGACACAGUUCAUAAGGAUCUUCCUCCUCAUCACUUAUUAACAUGACAGAUGACCUUAAGUGCUCUGGCAGAGUGCUCAUGAGCAGCUUUACAUCUCUGCCCAGCUAGGUCACACAUAAGACAGUACAUACACAUUAUUGCUCUGGUUCUGCUCUCUAGCCAAUUCUACUCAUAUAAAACCAGUGUAAAUCCAGUGAGAAAAAGUUAAAAGUAUCUAUGUAGCAUUUAUUAAUAUAAAACACCUACUUAGCAGUAUAAUUAAUUAUAUUUGCUGUGCCUCUAAGCUGAAUAACAGGACUGAUGGGAAAUUGUUAAUGUGACAAGAACAGAUUUGAAGGAGCCUGUGUACUGAACAGAGACAGGUCUUGAGGAAAAAGAUAUCUUUUGAAUGUCUGUGAAUGAUGCUCAGAAUUCCCUUCUUGAUGUUUCUCAAUAAUAAUGUUAUAAAGCAAGGCUAGUGUUGUAGCUGAUCCAUAAGCUAAGAUUUGCACACUUGGAGCCCAGUCCUGCGAAUCUCUGCAUUGACCACAAAGCUACCUGAGUACUUUCAUGAAAGUCAACUGGAAUGCUUGCCUGAAGAAAAUGCCAUUCCACUUCUGAAGCACUUUCAGGGUUGGGCUUUUAGGUUAACUCAAAUUUUUGUAUUGAAAGUUAAAGUUAUUUAAUAAUGAAAAAAAUUUAAUAAAUGGGUUUUUUAAUCUGUGCAAUACAAUUACAAGAUCCACUACCGAAUGUAGAGAAAAAAAUUAUUUUACAUAUCUGGAGUUGAUAAAUGAUAUUUUUUGUUACUAAUGGAACACAAAAGUGGGUGAGAGAAAUAGGCAUACUGUGAAGAUGUCAUAAAAGUGCAACUUUAUACAUUUUUCUCUGCUGCUAUAGUUAUUUAGCAAUAAAUAAUGCCUAAAAUUGCCAGAAAUAUUAUUUUGUGCCAUGAUAUACUAUGAAUUUCCUUUCAGUUGUAGAACAGAGAAAAGAAAAUGUGUGAGUUUUAAGUUUGUAUUAUGUAUUGUAUAUGGUUAUUUACGCUUUAACUUUGAAACCAGAAGUUAAAUACAAAACAGAGAGGAGUACAUGAGCACUUAGCCAAGCUUCUCAGCCUGGGAUUUAAUAUAUGGGAUAGAGGGAUAAGAACAAUAACCAUCUAAUCACUAUAUUAGCAUCUCCUCCCAGGGCUGCAGAUUGGAGAAAUGCAUCUGACAUUCACAUAUACAGCGUCCUGCAGCCACAGCUUCAUGACCAAGGAGUGGCAUGGCAGGUGCUUAACAUUUAUUCAGAUUUCUUUCCAUACUUCAGACAUACAGUUUGUGUGAAUAAAAUGCAUUAUAGGAUGACCAGCACUCCCCUGAUGGCCCUGUCAUGUGAUGUGUGGGCUCUGGAGCUGUGAGCUUUGGGACCUGUAGUUCCAGGGGCAACUCACUGCAGACCCUGUGCCCUCAACUGUCCCUCUCAGGCUGACAGGGUCAAACUCCUGACCUGUUGGUAGCACCACUAUGGCCAAAUUAAAAACCCACAAUUUUGAAAUGUGGCUAGCCAUAAAUUCUUUGUCAGUGCCUUGAGUAAAGUGUCUGAAAAAUGUCUUCAGUACAUAUUCCAUUCUCAUAUGCAAUAUAAUUACUUAUGAUGACUUUCCUAACAAACACUGGGUGAACACAGAACUGUGCUACUAUUGUCAAUUUAAUUUAUGCAUUUAAGUAUAUUUUUAUAUUUUUAGCUACAGUCAACAAAUCAAAUAUAUUUGAGUGUAUUUUACACAAUUUUAUAAAUAGUUCAUGAAUAAAACAUUCAAUUUUUUAAAAUCACA